CCACGUGGGUCACACUGUGUGAAUUCGGGAACGCGUACACAACACGGAGCGGAGUGCGCCGAGAAAAAAUAAAAGCGGAAAAGCCACCACCAGAGCGUGGAAGGGAAAAGGAAAAGCUGAUAGAGAGGGUCCCCAAAAAAACACACACAGCCUGCAUUCCUCGCGAUUCUCCAGGACACUUUUAUUCGGCUGCACUUUCCUGUGGACCGAACCGCAGUACUUGAAGCCUUUGAGUAGGAUAAAAUUGCAUGGUUUGCUGAGUGUGUUGCCCCAGGCUCUGUCACCUGGUCAGCCUGUUCGCCCCCAUCCUUGUCCCGCUACCGAAAAUACAAAAAAAAAAAUCAUCAUCAGCGGGGGAUGAGCGCGAUUGUUUUUGGGCAGGUGAGCAGGUGUUCCCAACACAAGGAAAAAAAUCGAAGCAACAUGAGAUAAAAGCCUCAGCGUCCUCAGCAUAAUUUAAAUCGCACAAAAAUCGAAUCGAAACGAAAACGAGAAAAUCGGCUCCUUCGUGAGAGAGCCCAGUGCAUGUGUAUGUGUGUGUGUGAGUGAGCAGCAUCCUGGAAACCAGAAAACGACAGGAAAAAUAACAAAAAUAUCAGGACAUCAUCGCAGCAGCAUCAUCCCUGGGAAUGGAGACAUGUCGGGAUCGGGACCAGGAUCAGGAUUAGCCAGAACAGCAUCCUCCGAUGCCUCCGAUACCGCAUCAUAGACAUAGAUACACACCCUGCUUUUUGUCCAGGCAGCGACGCAUAAUGCAGUAAUUAUAUACCGCUCGCCUCGUGUCUCGUGCAAUCCAGUCGUCCCAAUCCAGUCGUCCCCAGUGACAAUUAGCCCCUGGCCCCCGUCAAUUCACCCGGCAAUCGUCCACCCACAUCAACUCCUGCCCCAAGGACACCCAUAGCCAUAGCCAUAGCCAUAACCAUAGCCACAAUAGGCAUAGCAAUAGAGGUGACGAACAGAACCACAGAUCCCGAAUCGCAUCAAGAUGACCACGGACUUUCUGUUCCCCAAGAUAGCGGACUGCUCCUAUGUGUCCUGUUACUGCGAGGAGAACGUGUGGAAGCUCUGCGAGCAGGUGAAGCGGACGCGGCCCGAGGAGCUGUCCAAGUGCUACGCCGUAUUCGUGUCCAACGAGGGUCGCACCGUGCCCCUUUGGCGCCAGAAAGCCGGCCGCGGCGACGAUCAAGUUGUGAUAUGGGACUACCACGUCUUCUUCAUGCACAAUCCCUCGCUGAAUCGCUGUUUGGUGUUCGAUCUGGACACCACGCUGCCCUUCCCCACAUACUUCCACAAGUACGUGACGGAGACAUUUCGCUCCGAUCUGGCCCUGCGACCGGAGCACCACAGAUUCUUCAGAGUCAUACCCGCAGACACAUAUCUCAUUGAGUUCUCGUCGGACCGGCGUCACAUGCGUCGGCCGGAUGGCAGUUGGAUCAAGCCGCCGCCCUCAUAUCCACCCAUUCUCUCGAAUACCAACAUACACUGUCUGGGCGACUUCAUCUGCAUGAGUGCAGGAAAAGGUCCUGGAGUGGUCUACAGCCUCUCGGAAUUCGUGCAGAACUUCUACAAGUCGCCCCACGUGAUGGCGCAGAACAACAAGUAGAGGAGGGCUCAAGGACCCGGGGAUCUGAAUCCAACAUCCCACUGAUGCAGAACGCAUCAAGCAACGCAUCCACAUCCAAAUGCAAAUACAAAUCCGUAUCGAAAUCGAAAUCGUUUUGUCGUUGUCGUUACCAGACAGUUAAUUACCAAUUGCAUACAUAUACAUACAUACAUAUACACGCGAACAUAUAAAUAUAUUUAUGAUAAUGUAUUUUUGUAUUCAGGUUAACAAAAAAUCAAGUGCAGAAGAAGGUUAAAACGCAAACGCUGGCGCCACGCAGCCUUUUGCGUUCAUUUGCAUUGAAAUUCGAUUCUAAAGAAAUUAUAAAUCUAAUUAUACAUUUUUUUAUUGUACGUAUAUUGUAUUGUAUUCGAUAAAAGCAACCACACACACAUAUAUAUAUAUAGAAUAGCCGAGGGCAGAGAUGAGAUUUUUAUUCGUUACUCUACUCCAAGUACUUUUUGUAACUCUAAACCUAAACCUAAACGAAAUGGAAACGCACCAAUUACGAGUAAAGUAAACAAAGUCGAUAUACAUAUGGAUAUGGAUCUAACUACCACUUUGCAUACUACGCUACGCUCUCGAUUCUGUAAUUCAAUUUUUGGCUAGGCUCAAAGCUAACCCACACCUAACUCAAACUUACACUCUACUCUAAAACUAACGUUAACGUCGAAUCUAAGCGAGGCGGUAUAAUUGCAUUAAAGCUUGUUAACUUGUUUUACCGUGUUUACACUAAUUACGUACUCGUACCGCAAUUAUAAUUGUAAUUCGAAUAUUAUCUACUUUGUAUACAACGGAAACCAAAUCGAUGAUAAUACUGAUAAUGUGUAUUGUGUAUGUUUGUAUCUAGCUAGUUUUUGUACGGUUUGUAUGCCCGAGGAUCCUCAGUCGAAUCCGCAUUAGUAGCCGCCACUCCCUCUUUCCCAAUCCGCCCAUCCGACCCUCCCGAUAUGAAAAUCCCAAAAUCCGAACACCACUUAGCGUUGAUUUCGAUAUAUUUAUCGUGUCGUUUCCCCGUUCGAUUGAUGACUUGUGACGCGCAAAGACUGAUUCAUUAUACGCUCUACGGUAGCUGCAGCCCUAAUGUCCGAAAAAAAAACCCCAUCUUUCGUACCCUAUCCUAUCCCUUGAGUGUCCUAGACAUCUUUCGAUUGUUUUUUGUCCGGCUUCCAACCUUUACACUCGGAUUAGUUAACGAAACUCGCAUUUAUUUUUGAUUUACUGGUUUACAUUGUUUUGGGAUUUGUAUAGAGAGGUUUUUACUCGACUUGUACUUGUACGGGGAAUACCAUAUAGACAUAAACGAUAUAUAGGACAUAAACGAGGAUGUAUAAAAAUAAAUGCUGUGCAAAAGUCUCAAAGUUAAACCUAAACUCUUAAUUAUACAACUCUAGCGAACAACCAAAACCAAAACACGAAACGUUUCUCAAUGUUCUCAAUGUAUCUGCGAUUAGAUAGAUACCUAUACAUAUAUUUAUAUUUAUAUUUAUACGAAUACCCUUGAGUUUGUAUUGUGUUUUUAUCGAUGGCUACUAUCGUUCAUCGGCAAUUGUUUAUCGCCGGAAUCGAGCACCAAGCAAGCGAUUACAAUUAAGUGUGUAAAAAUCAAUUAUAUAUAGACACUCACAUAGAUAGAGCAUACUUAUCGUGUAACUUGGCAUUUGCGCCACUCUUUUUCUCUUCCAAUUUUCUACUACAAACCGAAAACAUGGCAUAUUAACAAUAUUGGGCAAAUAAAUAGACAUUUAACGGGCAGAUAUAUAUAUAUAUAUAUUUAACUGUAAGCUAAUCAUUAAGUUUUGGCGCCAGCGCGAAAUCUGCGCGUCUUUUUACUCUUUUUUACAUAAGCAUAUAUAUUUAACUGAAUGAAUCGCAACUGAGCAUAAACGCAAACACUGAGAACCCGCAGCCGACUUUGAUUCAGAUAUUUGUACAUCUGAUAUAUCUUUACCAAAGGGAAGUUUGACCUCCGAUAGCAAAAGAACAAUUCAGAUAAGAUCAGGACAGGCUAAACCAUUUCUAAUCCUCCUCUUUAUCCAUCUGUAAUCCACUUUGAACCCCGGUAGCUGCAAGUGGUUUCAAAUCCAAGUCCGAAUCCCUCUCCCACACAUUAGUUGAGAACUAAGAUUUACAACCGAUUCCACGCUUUAUUGGCCUACGCCUUUGUUGAUCUUUUCAUCUAUAAAUUAUCCAUCGUACUUUUGAUUGUUAUUGUAAAAUAUUUUUACAACUCCCUAGUAUUUAUACGUGCAAACAUAAAACGAAACAAGCGAACAAAAAACCAAAGUCAAACGAUGCAAGAAGCAAAUGAAAUAACAUUCUAUUUAUGGAUCAUUGAAUUAUGAUUGUUCUCUUAAUUCUGCAAAUGUGACGCGCUAAUGGAAAAUCAAUAUGAAUACCACUUAAAUUAAAAAUACCGAUCAAUAAAAUAUUCUUGAAAUUGCAUUUUAAA